UGGAAAUCCAACUUGAAAACGAAAAUAGAGAAUAUGAUGUCAGCUUGAAAACUUCUUUUUAAUUCAAUGUUUUUAUUUUUUUAAAUUUUAUUAUAGAACAUUCAUAAAUAGCUGCCUGUGGACGUGGAAGAGGUCUCCUACUGUUCAUUACAAUGAGUGGGGACAGUAUAGCUAGGUGCCUAGAGAUGGUGAUAGGAGGAGCUGGUGAUGACCAACUCACCAGUAGCUGUAUUUGCUCAAUUACUCCGAGAAAUUGCUCAUGCAGAUAUAAUCAAGAUCUCAACUCCAUGUACAGAGGAUUAGAUGUACAUAUUGCCGGGUCCAAGACUCUAGUUUGCCAUCUUAGAACUUCAUCUCAUCCACCAUUGAAAUCCAAGAUUUCUGAAAAGACUAGCAGUAAAUCCAAGACAAAUGGCUGUGAUAAUAAAACCUGUGAUAGAGACAAGCCAGUAUUCCAAGAAGGUCUAACAGAUGGAGGCAGCAGUAGAUGCAACCUUUCUACACUGAACUUAGUGAUGUUAUAUUUUCUCAUCUCAAGUCUGAUUUUCGAUAAGGCCCACUCACAAGGAGUGUUCAUAGAAGUUGAUGACAUCUGUAUUGGUACCUGUGUUGCCCAGAAAGAUUGGAAGUUUAAUGGAAAUUGCCCACAAACCCACUGUGACUAUCAAUGCGCCGCCCAACGCCUUGCCCACCAAGUUGGUCUUCGUGACAGAACGAAGUACCACUGUGCUCUCAAUUACCAUAACCGCACCGAGAAUAGGCAAACUUGGGCUGAGGUUCAAAAUUGCAAAAAAGGGGAGCAGCCAUAUGUAAUGUUGUAUGGUAACACAAUAGAAUUGCCAACAAGCAAGUGGAUGAUAGUAUGCGACAAGUGUAAUGACAAUAUGUACUACAACAGCGAUGAAAGUACCAGUUCAAAUACAUACAAUACCUGUACAUUUGAGAAAAGGAAUCGAUGCACUCCUGAGAACCAUAAAAUCAAUUGUGGAAUACCAUGGGAGGAGAGAACAGAGUCGGAUGGAUACUGUAGGUGUGACUAUGAACAGGGCUAUGCCCCUUUUAAUGGGGA